GGCCACUGACAAGCGUGGAAGAAGAAGGAACUGGUUUGAGCGGGAUUGAUGCCGUCUUCAAUUAGGUAGUUCAGUGAGAUAAUCGAUGAUCUUCUGAGAAUAUUUAAAUCACAGCAUUUGCAGCAUUUGAGUUUACAACUCCUCUCUGGAUCUCCUGUGAAAAGGGGAAAUGUUUGGGGCCAACAAAACCCCCUUUGGAGGGUCAUCCUUCGGAACAGGUAACUUCUCUUCCCCACAUUCUACCCCUCAUGGUCAGCGUACCAAUGCCUUUAGUGCCAAGACCCCAGGCACGUCUGGAUUUGGAACGCCAACUGCUUUUGGCGCUCAGACUCCUUCUACUGGUCUCUUUGGGACGGGAACCAGUGCAGCAGGGGGGCUGUUUGGCAGUACAGGAAACACCUUUGGCCAGCCACCGUCAGGUAUUGGGUUUGGUACUUCAAAUACCUCUUCUGCAGCAGGGACGCUAUUCAGCAGUACAUCAAAUGCAGGAACUACUGGACUAUUCUCAACUCCAUCAACUUCAACAUCAUUUGGUGCAGGAGGAUUUGGAGCUGCCAAACCAUUUGGAGCAGCCCCUUCUACCGGUCUUUUUGGCCAGACUGCUGCAGCCACAGCACCAUUUGGCCAGGCAGCUGCAGGAGCAAGUAGCCUGUUUGGUGGUGGAGCAUCAUCAGGAUUGUUUGGUGCCACUGCUCAAAGUGGUACCACGGUCAAAUUCGCUCCGGUGACAAGUACAGACACAAUGGUUAAAAGUGGAGUUACAACUAACGUCAGCACAAGACACCUGGUUAUUACAGCCAUGAAGGAAUAUGAAAAUAAAUGCUUUGAGGAAUUGCGAAUGGAGGACUAUGCAGCCAACAGGAAAGGCUCAUCUGGUUCCAGCCUCCUUGGUCAUGGUAUGACCCAAGUAGACAAUAAACCUGCCAAUCUAUUUGGUCAACAACAACAAGCUGCUGCCUCGUCUGGAGCCGGAUUCACAUUUGGGCAAAACAAACCAACAUUUGGAACAGGGACAUCCACUUUUGGAAAUGCAUCUGGAAGUUUGUUUGGUGCUCAGCAACAACAGCAGGCUGCUGGCUUGUUUGGUCAGAAGGCAGGUGGAUUUGGUACAUCUAGUGCGCCGGGAGCAUCCCUAUUCGGAGCAACAAGCACCUCGGCAUUUGGACAGAGUAACCAGGCUAAUAAGGGUUUAUUUGGGCAGACAGCUACAACACAGAGUACUGGCCUGUUUGGAUCCACUCCUGCAGCUUCUGGUACAACAGGCUUUGGGACUGGCUUCGGCAACACGGCUUUCAAUCAAAAUCAGCCAACCAGCCUAUUUGGAGCCAAAGCAGGCUUUGGAACCACUACCACUAGUACAGGGCUAACACUGGGUUCUACUACAGGUACAGGGCUGUUCGGUCAACAAAAUAAGACAGGUCUGUCUCUGGGAACUGGCGCUUCAACUGGCUUUGGCUUCGGUGCCACUCCCAACCAGUCUGCCAGUCUGUUUGCAAACAAAGGAACGACAGGUUUUGGGGGUCUAGGAGCUGGCAUUGGCACAGGGCUUGGUACAGGAUUUGGGGCAACCAAUACUGGCACGUCAUUGUUUGGCGCCGCUAGUAAACCUACCACUCUAGGUGGACUUGGUGGAUUUGGAACAACAUCGACUGGUCUAGGUGGUGGAUUUGGAACUGGGACUGGCUUGAACCUAGGAGGAGCAACUACAGGGCUGGGAAAUGCCACAGCCAAUCUGACGGUUCAGGAUGCACAGGCUCAGCAGCAACUUUUAGCAAUCUUUAACUCGCCAUUCGGAGAUAAUCCUCUCUUCAGAAACAGACUCACAGAUUCUGAUAAAAGAGAGGAUAUAUUGAAACCAACAAGUAAAGCUGCUCAGAAAGCACUAAGCUCACCUCUUCAACACAAGGUAUCAUCAAGACCCUCUGCUAAGCUUCGUCCUAAGCCUCUAAUUCAAGGUGUCUCUCAUAAGUCAAAGCUGUUUGAUGGGCUAGAUGAUGAGGACCUGACUCUUAAUACUGAGAUGUUUGUACCAAGGAGGAGUGUCAAGAAACUCGUCAUUAAGAAGAAAGACGAUAAAUCCAUGGAGGAGGAUCAUCUGUUGAAUUCCAGUCGCUCUUUGGCACAAGAAGAGACUCUUCUAUCCCCACUGCCAACUUAUCCGAGCAACCCUUCCUCAAAACCAUCUCCAAACCAGAGACAGGGUUCUCUGGACAAUGAGGAAGUAUUAGAAACACCCGGAGGUACCAGACUAUUCUCCAAACCCCAGUCACAUCAAAAUGAUAUCCCGACAACAUCAAGUCCACGGAAGCAAGAGGAUCCAGACUGCACCAUCACUGACCUGAACGUCCAAUCCAAACCUUCCAGUAAGCUCAACUCUAGUGAGCUAUCCUCCACCAGUGAUCUAGACCACUCCUCCCUGCCAGAUAUCCAAGACGAUCAGGAGAAUACUCCUCCACCUAACCCUGCUGGUGUUACAUUGAGACGAUCAGGGUACUAUACCAUCCCACCCCUUGAGGACCUGGGCUCAUUGAUGGGUGAGAAUGGAGAGUGUUAUGUGGAGGAUCUGACCAUCGGACGCAGUGGAUAUGGAAGCGUUUUCUUCCCUGGAUUUACCGAUAUUGCUGGACUGAAUCUAGAUGAGAUAGUUCAUUUUCGACGUAAGGAGAUUACGGUCUACCCAGAUGACACUACCAAGCCAGAUGUGGGUCAAGGGCUGAAUAAGAAAGCAGAAGUAACACUGGAUCAUACUUGGCCAACUGAUAAGACUUCCCGCAAAGCUAUUACAGAUACUGAGCGACUUACAGCUCUGAAUUAUGAGGACAAGCUGGAGAAAGCUACAGCCAAGCUAGGCGCUAAGUUCAUUGAAUAUCGACCCAAAACUGGAUCAUGGGUCUUCCUGGUCCAACAUUUCUCCAAGUAUGGACUGUCAGAUAGCGAUGAAGAUGAUGAAGCGCCCUCACAGGAUCCAAAGAAACAGAAAACGCAGAAGCAACCAGGACACAAGCCAACAGGAGCAAAAAAAGUACCAACCAAGCCAGCGGUAAAACAGCCUCCUAAAGUGGGCCUGGAUAGUCGUAGCCAGCCAAUUAGAGAGCAGCAGGAGGAAGAACCAAUGGGAGAUGAUAUUGAUAUGGAGAUGCCUGGUGAUUCACCAAUCAGAGGGCUCGGUGGGUUCUAUCUUAACGGACACGUAGAAGCAGCCGAUACUAACCAGCGGGGGUUGUCUAGUGAUCAGGAGGAGCUGGAAGAGGGUCUUGAUCAUGCAGCAUCUUCACAUCGUCUUGCUAAUGUCUUAGGAAUGAACUCUCAUCGCUUGCAGGUCAUGAAGGGCUCAUUCUUUGCUGAUGAUGAACCGGUUGAAUAUGAUUAUGCUUUACGCUCAGCUCCAUCCCAGCCUAGACCCUCGUUCUUUGACUCUCCAUCUAGAGGAUCCCCCAUUCCUAUAAUGGAAGAGUCCUAUCAAGAAAGAGGAUUGAAUAGGAUCAUGGGAGGUGGAGUGUUGUGGCCUCGUCCCAUGGGUAGUCCAGCCAAAUAUCUGGCUGGUAUGGGCCCUACAGCAGACGUCAGAGCUAGCCCCACACCUAGGGCUGUUAAGGAUGAACUGCUUGACCCUUCAGACCAUUAUGUGUCUGGUUUAUUUGCUGCUCCUAAACAAUACCCUGCCUUCACUGGUCCCCAUCAUUAUCCAAGUGGAAUGACCCAAGACCGACCCUCUAGACUCGUUGGAUCUCGCCCUCGUCAGACCAUCUUACCACUCAAGCAGUCAGUGAUAUGUGGUAAGGUACCCUGCAUAGCGGAUGCUGGCUUGGUCAUGAGUAGAUCCUUCAGAGUGGGUUGGGGACCCAACUGGACUCUGGUGCAUUCUGGAAAAGCUGUCGGACAACGCAUGAGUGCUCUAGAUAUCAAGCAGGAACCAGCCGCCUUUCCCCUCCUGACAGCUAAACAACCCAGCAAGUCAUCCCUAGAUGCAACCCCAUUCACUAUCACUGUAGAGAAGCUCAACCUAGCCCCUCAUCUACUGGGUGCUGACAGCAAGGUUCUGGAUCUUCAUGAGCGAUCCCUAGGAGUACAGCUUCACCACAGCGUCUGUUCUACUAGCCAGACAUGCCCCGUGUUUGCCCCUAAGCCUGGGGUAGAUUGUUUACAUGACUUUGCUAAGACAGCCAUGAAGGAUUGCCAGGAAAGGCUGACUGCUGAUGAGACUACCUUAGAACAUAGCCAGCUGGUAUGGAAACUCAUGGUAGCACUCUGGGGACGCUUACCGGAUGAAGAUCAACAGGAGCUUGAUCCAUCUGGUUACCCGUUCCACAAGGCCAGAAGGGAAGCGUUCUCACGAUGGCUUGAAUCUGGCUCAGAGAAGAGAAUCAACAGAGAGGUUCAGGACUCGAAGUUCAAGGAUAUGGGACACAUUGAAGCAGUGUUCUCGUUACUGACUGGACAUCAAAUCAGCGCAGCAUGUGCAGCAGCCCAAAGGUCAGGUGACCACAGGCUAGCUCUUCUAUUGGCUCAGGCAGGAAGUACCCAAGAAAUCAAACUGUUAAUCACAAAGCAGCUCAGCGAUUGGCAUGAAAUGGGCGUUGAUAAGUUCAUAGCUCCUGAAUAUCUACAAGUGUAUGCUCUACUGGCUGGCCAGCUUGUAUGGCAAUCAUCACAUAAUAGCAUCAAUACAUGUCAGAACUUGGACUGGAAGAGAGCCCUCGCUGUUCAUCUCUGGCAUGCUUGCAAACCAGUAGCAUCCAUCCAGGAUGCUCUCGCAGAGUUUGAUAAAGGUUUCCAUGGAGAAUCAACUCUGGGUCGCUACUGCCCAGUGCCCCGUCCCCCGUAUAUGGAGAAUAAUCCCGAGGUAUACCCGGAGGAUGGAGAUAUGGAAUAUGAAGAGGGGGAGACGGAUGGCUACACGGUGUGGGAUAUGUGUUAUCAUCUAGUCAAGCUAUAUACUGAUCAUACACAUAGAUUGGAGAGAGUAUUGGCACCAACUACACAUACAGCAUACCAGUUGGACUACAGGCUCAGCUGGCAUGUUUUACAUGCUUUACAAGCGUUGGGUUACUCCCAUAUCUCAGAGCAGGAUUUAAAUCAUCUUCAUGUUAGCUUUGCCUCACAGCUUGAAGGGCUUGGACUAUGGCACUGGGCUGUCUUUGUUUUGCUCCACAUUCAAGAUAAUUGCCG